AUGCCCCGUGAUCGUCUUAACGAGAUGAAGUCUCCCGAUGACGCACAACCAGAAAUGGCUGAAAAGAAACCCGAAAAGUCGCCAAAGAAAUCCAAGGUUGCGAACGAUGUGCCGGCUGCUGGACCCGACAUUAUGGCUGGAUUUUUCGACGAGGUGUCGGGAAUCAAAGACGCCAUUCAAGGAAUCAAGCUGAAUGUAGAUUCGAUCAAACAGUUGCAUCAGAAGGCUUUGAAUGUUAUAUUGGAGGAGCAGAGUGCAGAAAAUGGACGAGAGAUGGACAAGCUGAUUGCAAUCACCAAUAAGGCUGCCGGUGAAGUCAGAAACAGAAUCAAAAACAUGGAGCAACAAAACAAGAAACUCGCCAAACAAUACGAAGGUUCCAGUGAUGUCAGUAUUCGAGUCAGUCAGCACGCAAACCUAACAAAGAAAUUCCUGGACAUUAUGACUGACUACAAGAACCUGCAAAAAGAGUACCAGGAAAAGUACAAGGCUCGUUUGCAACGACAGUUUUUAAUUGUAAAACCAAACGCAACAACCGACGAAGUUGACAAGAUGCUCUCUGGUGAAACUGGACCUAUAUUUGCUCAACAGAUUCUCGAAACAGGCCAAAAAGCCCAAGCCCGCCAAGCACUAGCCGAAAUCCAAGAGCGUCAUCAGGAUAUCGUUCGUAUUGAGAAGUCUAUCCUCGAACUCCAACAACUAUUCGCAGACAUGGCCGUCCUCGUCGCUGCCCAAGGCGAGCAGAUUGAUCAAAUCGAGAUCCAUGUAUCGAAUGCGGUUGAUACGACAGAGAAGGGUGUUCAGGCGCUUCAUAAGGCCGUUAAAGAUCAGAAGAAGAGUAGAAGGAAAAUGUGUAUGAUCAUGGCAUGUAUUAUAAUUGUGGUGGUUGUUGUCGUGCUAGGAACGACAUUGACAAAGCAUUAG